AUGCCCGAUCCAACCCAAACAUCGUUCAGCCACAACCCAGACAUCUUCGCCAUUGUCUGCUGCAACGACAGCUUCCAACUCGCCCUCGAUCACAUCACAAUCAAGACCCUCCUCCGAGUGUGCAAGCGAGCUCGUCCUCUCCUGAGCUCCAAGCUGCCUCGCUUCCGCAAGUGGUGCCAGAAGGCAAAACUCUACUAUCAAGACGGAGAGCCGUGGAUUCGCCUCACACCGAGUGACCAAAUCGCCCUCUCGCUACACUGCGAGGAUCCAGUCACAACCGACAGAUCCUGGCUUGAAAUUCAAUCUGAACAAGGCAAUGCUGCCGCGUCAUUCUUCCUGGCAAAUAUUGUCCAAAUCGAUCUCGAUUAUGGACCCUCGCUGAACAAUUCCGAGCGGCAAGCCAUCCAUCAGCAAAUCUUCCGCCUCUUCGAAUCAGCGGCCAACACAAACCACGCAAUGGCACAGUUCGACCUGGCCGAGUGUUAUCGCAACGGAACUGGAGUCACCCAAGACCAUACCAAGGCUGCCGGGCUCUAUCGUAGACUUGCAGAAUGUGGAAUAUCUCGGGCCCAAAUCGCCCUCGGCCGCUGUUAUGAGAGUGGUGAAGGUGUCGAUCAAGACUAUGAUACCGCCGUCGAAUGGUAUUCCAGGGCUGCCGAUCAAGAAAACGAGGACGGCCGUCUCCACAUUGUACAUCUCAUGGCCGUGUGUCUGUUCCUUGGAUUUGGAACAGACGAGGACCAGGAGAAGGCCGCGGUCAUCUUUGAGCAACUCGCCAACGAAGGCCACAGUGACAGCCAGUUUUGGAUUGGAGAGUGCUACCGUAGUGGGGGAGGGGUAUCAGAGGACGCCAAGAAGGCAUUCGAGUGGUUCAGCAGGUCCGCCGACCAAGGCAACUCGUAUGGACAGUGGCUGGUUGGAUUGGGCUACUACUACGGAUAUGGGGUCACCAAGGAUCACACCAAGGCAGCCGAGUGGCUCCGCAAGUCGGCCGAACAGGGUAAUCGAUAUGGACAGUGCCAUCUCGGUCACCGCUACGAGAAGGGCGAAGGUGUCCCUCAGGACACCGAUACCGCCGUCUUCUGGUGGCGCAAGUCCGCCAAACAGCGAUCGGGCAAUGCCAUCUUCAACCUUCAGUAUCUCGGCAAGUGGCCCUGA